AUGAACUAUCUGAAGCUAACCUUCGAUAAGUUGGAAGUAGGCGAAAUAAACGAAUUGGUGGCGCAUGAAUCGUGUGGUGCUAUUUCCUUGUUUGUCGGUACGACUCGAGAUAACUUUGAUGGUAAAACGGUCGUUUUGCUUCAGUACGAAGCAUACGAAGCGAUGGCGCUUAAAACGAUGAACCACAUUUGCGACGAAAUGCGUCUCAGGUGGCCGGAUAUCAAACACAUCGGAAUCCACCAUCGCCUCGGGAUGGUACCGGUUAAGGAAGCUUCAGUAGUGAUCGCCGUGAGCUCCCCUCAUCGGAACGCGAGCUUGGAAGCGGUUCACUUUGCUAUCGACGAGCUCAAGAAGAGUGUCCCAGUGUGGAAGAAGGAACAGUACGCUGAUGGUGAGGGUUGCUCCGAGUGGAAGGAGAACAGAGAAUGCACAUGGUCCAAAAGUUACAAGGAUAGUCACAUUUUAUGACAUUGCGAGAGUUGAGUGUUGUGCAGGUAUUCUGCUAUUUCAUGUUUUCAUUUGUUACCGUAGAUUCUGGCAAUAUAGUAUAGUGAAAUGUGGUAAAAAAGUUUAUACAUUUUAAAACGGUAAUGCCACUAAAAAUGCAUAAUCAUAGGAAUAGUGGUGCUUAUAGAUAUGUACUGCUUACACAAGCAUAUAUUUAUAGUCAACAAACUAGUAUGAGGCCUUGAAUAAAAAUGCUUUGUCAUAGUUUCAUA